GAAUGGAAUGGUUGUCUUGUAAAAAACUACGAUGUUUUAGUUUCGUAGGUUUAAUUGUCUUCGGUGUUUCUCAUGUGUUGAAUCAUUGCAGAAGUUGGAGCACAAGAUGCUGGACAAUUUCUUCUCUGUGCUGUCAUGUGUUAUCUCCGUGCCCUUCUACACGGGAUUCCUCCCUCUCCUGUUCUGGAGUGGACACGGCAGGCUGGCUAGGCAGAUGACCCUCCUCAUGGCUUUCUGUGACUACCUCGGCAACUCUGUCAAGGAUAUGGUGUCAGCCCCUCGGCCAUGCUCUCUGCCCAUUAGAAGAGUGACAGCUACAGAAGAUGAGAAGGAAAAUGCCAUGUAAUAUGGGCUACCGUCAUCGCAUGCUCUCAAC